AUGAUACGAAAUCUCACGCAAACAUUCACAAUGUCUAAUUCAAGUAACCAAUUUACCUAUGUGGACGAUAAUCAAGAACUUUCUAUUGCGCUGAUUCGAACUGGAGACUUGGAACAGGGUAUCUACAAACACAUAAAACAUGAUAAUAAACAAGACAACACUGGAUUAUCUUCAGGGAAAAAGAAACCAUACCUACCUAAAUUUCCUGAUAGAUCAACAUUUAGAGUUGAUUUUGAUGGUCCAAAAGACCCAUGCCACCCUUAUUUUUAUCCUUUAUGGCGAAAGAUUUUGUGCAGCUUCUCUGCUGCAUUGACUACAUUUUCUAUAACUUUUGGCUCCACAAUAUUUGCCCAAGGGAGUGAAAAUUUGAUGGAAAUUUGUAACGUCAGUUACACAGUUGCUAGUUUGACAACUUCACUAUUUGUUCUUGGUUUUGCUUCGGGUCCAAUUAUUUUCUGUCCAAUAUCUGAACUAUUUGGUAGAAAAAUCGUUUUGAUUAUUUCAUGUUUCGGUUAUGUUUGUUUUACAUUCGCAGUUGCAUCAGGGAAAGACCUCCAAACAAUCAUGCUCUGUCGUUUCUUUGCCGGUUUUGUUGGAGGUGGCCCGUUAGCUGUUGCUCCCGGUGUAUUGACUGAUUUGUUUCAGCCAAAGGAUCGACCAAGAACGAUAACUAUUUUCCCAAUGGUGUUUUUUUCUGGAAGUAUGCUAGGACCUGUUGUCGGAGGAUUUGUGACCAGAAGUAAAAAUUUGGGUUGGAGAUGGAACUCAUAUGUAUCUGGUAUGAUCGGGUCACUUGCCUUACUUUGCACUUGCUUCGUGUUGAAGGAAACUCAUCAUCCUACAUUGUUAACUAAAAAGGCACAACUGUUGCGAAAACAAACUGGUAUUUGGGGAUUUUACGCUACACAAGAGGAUAUCACCAUUGAUUGGAAAGCAAUUGCUAGAGAGAAUGUGGCCAAGCCAAUGAUCUUUUUAAUAACCGAACCAAUAAUUUUGUUACUCAGUAUUUACAACGCUUUUAUUUAUGGGAUGGUAUACGCCUUUUUAUCAAUUAUCCAAAUGGUGUUUCUGGGUAUAUAUGGAUGGAAAGCGGGAGUAUUUCAGCUACCUUACUUAUCGAUGUUACUUGGCGUAUUUGUAGGGGGAGCAAUUAUAGUCUACUUUGAGUUACUGUACAACCACAAGCUGGAAACGACAAAGGGAUCCCCUAUUCCAGAAACAAAAUUACCCCCGAUUAUGAUAGGCGGUUCUACCUUUGUCAUUGGUAUUUUUCUUUUCGGGUGGACGGGUAACUAUCCCAAUAAAACUCAUUGGAUAUUACCUGUAAUAGGAACCUUUUUUAUUGGUAAUGGAAUUAUAUUGGUGUAUUUACCAUCAAUCACUUACAUCAUUGCAUGUUAUCCUUCGGUAGCCGCCUCUGCAUCAGCAAGUAAUAUGUAUUUGAGAACCACUUUUGCUGCUUCGUUCCCGUUAUUUUCUCGGCAAAUGUUCGGCAACUUGACUAUUAGAUGGGCAUCAACUAUGUUGGGAUGUGUAGGUAUAUUAUUGCUUCCAGUACCUUCUUUAUUCUAUAAAUUUGGCGCUAGAGCUAGAGGUCGGUCAAAGUAUGCUAAAAAGUGA